AUGGCUCUCAAACGUAUUCAAAAGGAAUUCAAGGACAUCACCCGUGAUCCUCCUUCUUCAUGCUCUGCUGGACCAGUCGACGACGACACUUUUCACUGGCAAGCGACUAUUCUUGGACCCGAAGACAGCCCUUAUCAAGGUGGAGUGUUUUAUCUUUCGAUACAUUUUCCUACAGACUAUCCUUUCAAACCACCCAAGGUCAAUUUUACGACGAAGAUCUAUCAUCCCAACAUCAACAGCAACGGUAGCAUUUGUUUGGAUAUCCUAAAGGAUCAAUGGUCACCGGCCUUGACAAUAUCAAAAGUGCUGCUCUCUGUGUGCUCACUCCUCACGGAUCCAAAUCCGGAUGAUCCACUUGUACCUGAUCUUGCACACAUUUACAAGACCGAUCGUGCUCGCUACGAAUCCACCGCACGUGAAUGGACAAGAAAAUAUGCCAGUAAGUAG